GCUAACGAAGAAAUUUGCAAUACCAACAAGGUCUCCUCUUUUCAAGCUCUUACUACAUUUGUUUGGAGGUCUGUCAUUCAAGCCAAAGGGUUAAACCCUAACCAACUAACCCAUUGCAAGUUAGCUGCAAACAGCCGGACAAGAUUAGAGCCACCCUUUCCUGAAGAAUACUUUGGAAACUUACUCUCAGUCCUAGUAUCAACUACCAGAGUUGGUGAAUUGCUCGAACAAAGCUUCGGGCAGACGGCCUUGUCAUUGCACCAGUUAGUGGUGAAUCAUACAAACAAAGAUGUUCACAAUUUCGUACAUUCAUGGUUCAAGUCUCCUUAUAGCUUUAGAUUUGAUAGACUGUUGGCGAGGGAACCAAACAGCACAGUUCAUGUAGGAAGCUCGCCGAGGUUUAACAUAUAUGGGAAUGAGUUUGCAGGACUUGGGAAACCAAUUGUUGUUCGUAGUGGGUUCGCAAAUAAGUUCGAUGGGAAGCUGAUCUUCUACCCAGGAAAGGAAGGAGGUGGAAGUAUAGAUGUGGAAAUAUGUUUACCAUGUAAUUCCAUGAGAGCACUUGAAGUUAACGAGGAGUUCAUGGUUGUUGUAUCUUCUCCAAAAUAGAUCAUUGUUUUGUAAUUAAGUCGGUGUUGUUUCAUCUUCUACGAUUAUAUAUCUUUGAAGACAUUGUUUUGCCAAAUUGCCACCACUAGUUUAUUUUAAAAAUAAAUUGCAUAAGUUUCUAAUGGAAAUUUGAAUUUGCGUAA